UAAAUAAUUUUAUAUUCUAAAAAAUAACUAGGUUUAACUCUGAAAAAUUAACUCCUUUCUCAUAGUUGUAUACGACAGACAACACACACCCUUUAGCUCUUUCGCUUUCAUUACUCUCUUCUUCGUCUUCUCCUUCUUUCUUCCUGAGAGAGGAAACGAGAAGAUGGUCGAACCAGAGGAGACCCAUAAUAACAAUCCAUGGAUUGCAGCUGAGCAAAUCCCUAAUGUGGAAAUUCAUUCUGAAUCGACCUUUUUGGAGAGAGAUGAUGGGGUUGGGUUUUCGGCUACCAAGCUUUCCAACUCCACAAACGUCUCUGAUUGGAAACUGGGUAUUGCAGAGCGAGUUCUCUCGGCAGCUGGUGCUGCCUUCCUUUCCGCCAUUAUUGUAAACCCUCUUGAUGUUGUCAAGACAAGGUUGCAAGCUCAGGCAGCUGGGGUUGCUUACUCUCAUCCAUUAAGUAAUAUCACAAGUCGAAUGGCUUUUUUUGGGCCAAGCAUGAUGUUUGCAGAUUUAAGGUGUUCACCAUCAUGCGCACAUGCGGGUGUCCAUGGUACUGUAUCAAUAUGUCCCCCACAUUGUUUUCGGUAUAAAGGAACACUAGAUGUCUUUAACAAAAUCAUUCGCCAGGAAGGAUUUUCAAGACUUUGGAGAGGCACAAAUGCUGGUCUUGCGCUGGCUGUACCAACAGUUGGGAUCUACCUGCCUUGUUAUGACAUAUUUCGAAAUUGGUUAGAGGUACAUACUAUCCAGAAUGCACCAAGCGUGACUCCUUAUGUCCCUUUAUUUGCUGGAUCUUUGGCUCGCUCAUUGGCUUGUGCAACUUGCUAUCCUAUUGAGCUUGCAAGAACACGCAUGCAGGCUUAUAAGGUGACUCAUGGUGGUGUGAAGCCUCCUGGUGUCUGGAAGACUUUAUUUGAGAUUCUAUCUCAUGUCAAAACCACAAAUAAUAUACAAGAAAAUUUGAAAGGCUACCGCGUUCUUUGGACAGGCAUGGGAGCACAGCUUGCACGUGAUGUCCCCUUCUCUGCUAUCUGUUGGUCUACCCUUGAGCCUAUCAGGAGAAAGCUUCUUUGCCUUGUUGGUGAUGAUACCAGCGUUGCAAGUGUACUCAGUGCAAAUUUUUCUGCGGGGUUUGUGGCAGGAAGCCUUGCUGCCGCUGCUACAUGUCCACUAGAUGUUGCAAAAACCCGAAAACAGAUUGAGAAGGAUCCAGCGAGGGCAUUGCAAAUGACAACCACACGAACACUAAAGGAGGUUUGGAGGGUUGGAGGGAUGAAAGGACUUUUUACCGGGGUGGGUCCUCGUGUUGGACGUGCAGGUCCUUCUGUAGGUAUUGUGAUUUCAUUCUAUGAAGUUGUGAAAUAUGUGCUACAUAACCGGUAUGCUACUUCGUGAUAGAGAAGAAAACACUUCAACACAGAAGGAUUUUCAAACAUAACCAAAAAAAAAAAAAAAAAAAAAGAGAGAAGAAAAAGAUUAAAAAAACACUCAUGUUAAAGAGAUGAUGGAUCCGAUUCUCUCAACCUUUUUGUGCAAGCGUAAUUAGUUGACUUGGGGUUCAGUGAGACACGUUCAAGUGCCGGCCUGCUAGUUUUUGUCGAAAUGGUAGGAUACAGAGUACAACAAUGUCAAUAAUGUUAUAGAUUGCAAGCUCAUUUUCCCUAAUGCUAAUUAGGUACUCAGCAAUUUUGUCGCGUCAGUUGAGCCGAAGUUUUGUUAUUAUUGGCUCUUCCCUAGAUAAUUUUUUUUCUGAGAUCUCAGUUUGCAAUGUAACAGAAAGCACUUCUGCUAAUGUUAAAAACUCAAAGUACCACAUUGUUAAAUUCGGGUAGUUAUGAUUUCAUACACACACAAGGUUACUUCAAAAAUAUAAAUAAAGAAAUGUAGCUCGGUCAA